AUGAAGGUUGAAAUUGACUCUUUUUCUGGUUCCAAAAUCUACCCAGGUAGAGGUACCUUAUUUGUUCGUGGUGACUCUAAGAUUUUCAGAUUCCAAUCAUCUAAAUCUGCUUCUUUGUUCAAACAAAGAAAGAACCCAAGAAGAAUUUCCUGGACUGUCUUGUACAGAAGACACCACAAGAAAGGUAUUACUGAAGAAGUUUCUAAGAAGAGAACUAGAAAGACCGUCAAAGCUCAAAGACCAAUUGUCGGUGCUUCUUUAGAUUUUAUCAAGGAAAAAAGAUCUGUCAAGCCAGAAGUCAGAAAAGCUAAGAGAGAUGAAAAGAAGAAGGCUGACAAAGAAAAGAAGAAGGCUGACAAGAUCGCUAGAAAGAACAACCCAAAUGCUUCUAAAAUCUCUAAGCAACAAGCUAAGGGUGCUUUUAAGAAGGUUGCUGCUACUUCCCGUUAA